AUGGUAUAUGUUUAUGAGUUUUGGGGCGUAAUAGUUUCACUCAUAGUGGUAAAAUGUUUUCACUGGAUUUAUCAGUGGAGCAAUCCAAAGUGUAAUGGAAAACUUCCUCCAGGGUCAAUGGGUUUUCCGAUCAUCGGAGAGACUUUUCAGUUCCUGAGGCCUCAUGACGCUCUUCAGUUUUCAACAUUCCUCAAGGAGAGAAUCCUCAGGCAUGGACCACUUUUUCGGUCAAGCUUAUUUGGAGGAAAAGUUAUAAUCUCGACGGAUAUUGAAUUGAAUAUGCAGAUAGCAAAGACAAGUCGUAUUCCUGGCGUCACGAAGAGCAUAACACGGCUAUUUGGGGAAAACAAUUUGUUUAUACAAAGCAAGGAGUCCCACAAACAUGUCAGAAACUUGACAUACCAGUUGUUGGGUUCACAAGGUUUAAAAUUGAGAAUUUUGAAAGACAUCGAUCUCUUGGCCCGUACACACAUGGAAGAAGGAGCUAGGAACGGUUUCCUUGACGUCAAGGAAACACAAAGCAAGAUCUCAAUUGAAUGCCUUGCGAAGAAAGUUAUGGGCGAGAUGGAACCAGAUGUGGCGAAAGAACUUGCCCUCUGUUGGAGAAAUUUUCCGAGUGGCUGGUUUCGGUUCUCUUUCAACCUCCCCGGGACGGGUGUCUAUAACUUGAUGAAGGCAAAAAAGAAGAUGAUGAAGUUACUAAAGGAUACAGUGUUGAAGAAGAGAGCAUCAGGAGAGGAGUUUGGGGAGUUCUUUAAGAUCAUCUUUGGAGAAAUGGAAGGAGGAGACGAAAUGAUGAGCGUAGAGAAUGCGAUCGAGUACAUAUAUACCUUCUUUCUGAUUGCUAACGAAACAACUCCCCGAAUUCUUGCGGCUACAGUAAAGCUCAUUAGCAAGAACCCUAAAGUCAUGCAAGAGCUGCAGAGAGAGCAUGCGGAAAUUGUCCGGGGUAAGACUGAUAAAGAGGCCAGCCUAACUUGGGAAGACUACAAAUCCAUGAUUUUCACGCAGAUGGUUAUCAAUGAGUCGUUUAGAAUCACAAGCACGGUGCCAACAGUGCUUAGAGUAACAGAUGAUGAUUUCCAAGUUGGUGACUAUACAAUUCCAGCUGGUUGGACCUUUAUGGGCUAUGCUAGUGUCCAUUUCAAUCCAGAAAAGUACGAUGACCCUUUAGUAUUUAAUCCAUGGCGCUGGAAGGGAAAUGACUUGGGUGCGAUCGUCUCCAAGACUUACAUUCCAUUUGGCGCAGGUCCUAGACUCUGUCCAGGGGCUGACUUCGCUAAGAUGCAGAUGGCCAUUUUUAUCCAUCAUUUGUGUAGACACAGGUUCACUUUUAUCACCUAA